GCUCAUCGUCCGCCCCUCGUCACUCACUCCCAUAUCGCACAACCCGACAAGACGCCGCAAAAGUAAGUAGCCAUUGACAGCCACAAAGCGCUCUGACUGCACACUCCCGUCAUCCACAAUGACCAACCAGCUCCGCACGACAGGCGUCAUCUCCGCAUUCUGCCGCCUUCCAUUUCCUCUUCGUAUUCGAUCUCAAUCCGAGGCCGCCGUCGACCUGACGACCAAGCCAAGCCAUCACACACAGACGGGACACACACCAGCCUGACGCCACGUGGCGUGGGACCUUUGUUAGAUGUGUAGCGGACAAACCUGCAGGCAGCCUGGGUGGCGGCUCCAGGUGCUUCUUUGCUCCGGGGGCGACCAGCUCCUGUUCUUCUUCGUCGGCCAUGUCCUCCAUGUCCUGCUCUUCCUCUUCCUCUUCCUCUUCUUCAUCCUCACCCUCGAGAAACGCCAAACGACCUGAACACACACAGAAGAGAGGAAGGAAGAUCGGUCACAGGCACUUGUCUGUGUGGCCGGCCCACAGUCUCUCUCUCUGUGUGUGUCUCUCCGCUAGUGUGUGUCUGCUGCUGACUGACUGACUGACCUUCCGCUUCUCCCUCGAAGUCCUCUUCAUCCUCCAUCUCCUCGUCCUCCUCUUCCAUCUCCUCCGCCUCAUCUUCCUGCUGGUCGAUGACAUGGUUGAAGUUGCGCUGCGGGAAAUUGUAAAUGUCGCCAUAGGUCCCCUGCAGCGCACGCACCGGCACAACCACAACGGCACAGGUAUCCAUCACUGCCUUGUCCCCAGAGGUAUCUAUCUGUGCGUGUUCGUACGCACCUGCCUCAGCCGUUGCAGCAGCUCCUUCUCGAUUGCGAGGUCCACCUUGGCGGCGGCCUCGGCCUUCUCCUCGCGCACCCUCUCGCGGCGCUCGGUCUUCUUCUUGAUCGGUACCAACUUGGGCCUGAUUGACACACACACACACAUAUACAUAGACAUAAAUGUGUGGGUGGAUGAAUGACGCCCCUCAAGUGUGCCGUUUGUGGCAGCUGCUGGUGAGAGCCGUGUGUGCAUCCAUCUACUUUGGCUGGAGUGCGAGUUUCCUCAUCUUGAUCAAGACCUGCCGUAUCCUGGUCAGCCGCUGCUUGCACCGGUUGAUCUGGUGGGCCGGGUACACGCCCUGCAUCUCGCUGUCAAUCUGCUUCAGCGCCUGAUGCAGCAAGGAAGGAAGGAACAACAGCUGCUUUGACUGACUGAUCGUGCCGUCAGCUGUCCGCCUGCCGGCCUGCCUGAGCCACGUACGCACCUCAUUGAGGUUUUUUGAGAGUUUGACUUUUUCCCACAGUUGUCGCGGCAUGUGUGCCCGCUCGAUGGUCUUGAGAUGCAGAUAACACUGACCUGCACAAACAGUGGGUGGGUGGGUGUGCGUUUGUGGGUCCCUAGCUACCUACCUUUGUCUUCCAUGACAGUGCCGUAGAGGCUGUUGGCGAGAGGGCACGACACCCGGUUGCACAGACCGGUCACAUUGUAGUCGUUGCGGCAAAAGGUCUGCGUCUUGGUCCUGAACAGGGGGGAACACAACCAAUCAGCCAUCACACAACAUAUGACAUGAGCCAAUCAAUGUCUGCGUGUGAUUUCCUGUCCCCCUGUGUCUGUCUGUGCGUGAUCUGUGCCGCGUCAGUCAUGCAUCCAUACUUGACUUUGAACGAGCAGAAGCCAUGGUUGAGGCUGAACCACGUCACCUCGUCGUUCUGCAUCUAUCACUCCACGUCGAACCAGGAGUGAGUGAGCCGCCGACUGCCGCCAAUCGAUGACCGAUGAGCGACGCACAGACUUGAGAUCUGCUCGAGCUCAGACACAUUAACACACAAGCAGCAGCUGUGUGAAGCAUUGUCAGUCUUCCUUUGCGCCUCUCGCUACCCUCUCACCUUCGAUGAGCAACCAAAAG